AUGGAUAAAAACCUUACAAAUACAAUUGAACUUAUAAUAAAUAAAACUAUUUCCUAUAAUGAUAUUGAACAAGGCGAUGAAAUAGCUGAAGCAUUACUUUAUCAGUUUAAUGAAAAACUACAGGAGCACGGAGAACGAGGACCUACAGCAAAACUGUGGAUACAAUAUUUUCAUAUGGUGUCUAUUGCAAAGGAAAAUUAUAAGAGCUGA